UCCUGUUCAAUCUGUUGUCACGACUAUAAAUGUGCACUUCGUGGUGUGUCUGGUGCUUAUCAAUAAAUUAGUUAUGACAAAUGUACAAAAACUAUAGUUCAUGAAAAAGUGGGAAUAAGUACACAAUAAGUAGAUACGCACAAGCAGGAUCGAAAAAAAGAAGAGGGGCACUGGAGUUUUGAGAGUUGAUGUAUACGUAUUUACCACACAAUUUGCAUACACACGUAGACAUUGCUGACGCAUCUUAGCUGUGUUUGUUUACAUACAAGUUCGAACAUCACAACAUAUCCAUAUAAGGUGCAGUACUCUCAGUUUAUUUAGGUGAACUGCAACACUUUUUUCUAAUUAGAGGAAUAGUUGCUUGUUAUCUACGUUCUCAAGGCGUUGAGAAAUAUCACUCUGUAGAGUACCUCUACAGUCGCACAAACUCGCUGCUGUCAAAGAGUCAAAAAUAUUUCGCUUUUAUCUAGUAAUGAUGCUAUGGCUUCCUCGGCGCCACGGAACGCCGAGGACGACGUUAGUAACGUAGAAUCAGAGUCUGAUGUCAGCAGUACAUAUCAGUGCAGCUCUGUCAUUUCAAAUAGAUAUGGCACUGUCGAUCGGCAUGGAUUUAUGGGUGGCUCACAAUACAGCCCUGACAGGAAACAAGUUGUAUCACCAGAAAUUAUGCUCAGAAGAGAAAAAAAAUGGUUGGUAAUGUUGGAAAAGUGGAACACGUUCAUGAGCACAAAGUAUCAAACUAUCAGAGAAAGAUGUCGAAAAGGUAUCCCCCCUUCUAUUCGUCCCAGAGCGUGGUUAAACUUUUGUGGAGGUGCUCUCCUCUUGAAAGAAAAUCCAACUCUUUACCAAGAAUUGAUAAAACGUCCAGGAGAUUCAAAAUAUAUCGAUGAUAUAAAAAAAGAUCUCCACCGUCAAUUUCCGCACCAUGAAAUGUUUGUUGAAAAUGCUCUUGGUCAGCAAGAACUUUUUCAGAUUCUUAAAGCUUAUUCUAUUCUAAAUAGUAAAGUAGGCUACUGUCAAGCUCAAGCACCCAUUGCUGCCUUUCUUCUAAUGCACAUGCCAGCUGUUCAAGCUUUUUGGUGUCUUGUAGCCAUAUGUGAUAAAUAUCUAAUGGGAUAUUAUAGUCAAGAUAUGCAAACUAUUCAGAGAGAUGGGGAUAUACUUUUUGCUUUACUAAAAAAAGUUUCCCCAAUAACAUACAAGCACUUGAAAAAUCAAGAUAUCAAACCAAUUAUGUACAUGAUGGAAUGGUUCUUAUGUGUGUAUACAAGAACGCUGCCGUGGGAAAGUAUUUUACGUAUUUGGGAUAUGUUUCUGUGUGAAGGAGUCAAAAUUAUCUUCAAAGUUGCUCUUGUCCUACUUAAAGGCAGUUUAGGUCGUUCUUGGCAACUGAAAAAAUGUCCAACUAUGUACGAAACUCUCCAAGUCUUGAAAAAUCCGCCUCCAGAAAUAAUGGAAGAGGAAUACUUGGUGCAUCAUAUUCGAAAAUUAAAAUUAAGUGAGGAAGACUUUGUAUAUGAGCAUCAGCGCCAAGUGUUGAAACGAAAAGCAAAAGGCCAGUCCCAAAAGCAAGCUGACAACUGGACAACUUUAUAAAAAUAUUUUAAUUGUAUGAGUUGGCUCUUUGUGCCUUUUUCUCAUCAAUCAAACCAUAUUAUAAUACGAAGUGGGUUGUGCAAUCGCCUCUCAAGCUCAAUGAUUAAUUUUCCAUACUCUUAAAUUCCAUAUUUUUACAAAGAGUGAACGGAGCAAUUUCCAAUUAUCUUAGAAAAUUUUUCUUACCAAACGUUUAUCAUAAUAAAAUUAACUUAUUUCUACCAAAA